AUGUCACAUAAUUUUGUCGCAAGUCCAAUACCCUCAGUGGUUGCUCAGCUAGCUAAACUUUCUUAUUUGGAUCUUGCUCAUUGCAAUUUACAGGGGUGCAAUUUGAAGAAAUUCCCUGAGUUUUUGGAGUUCCAAGAUCAGUUGGCAAUUCUAGAGUUUUCUGACAACCAAAUUCAGGGCCUAAUACCAACUUGGGUUUGGAAUUCAAGCAAAGAAACUAUGACAACAUUCUGGGCUCAUGACAACCUUCUUACAGGGUUUGAAAAACAUCCCAUUGUCAUUCCAUGGCAAAAUCUAGUCGAUCUGGAUCUCAGUUUCAACAAGCUACAAGGAUUACUUCCCAUUCCUCCAAAAUCCACCCAUUUCUACUCUGUCAAAGGAAAUAUAUUGACUGGGGAGAUUGCACCAUCGAUUUGCAUUGACAAUUUCCCUGUCUGGCUUGGAACUCUCCCAGAGUUGAAGGUUCUUAUUUUGCGAAAUAACAAGUUCUACGGAGGCAUUGAGAAUCUUCCCAUUAAUGCAGGGUUCUCAAAAUUGCGAAUCAUUGACCUUUCCAGCAAUAAUUUCUCAGGUUACUUGCCAGUGAAUUACUUUCGAAAAUGGGAGGCAAUGAAAGUAGUCCAUAAGGAUGAGUCAGAAUAUAUGAAUGUGGACGCAAUAAUUAAUAAUUCUCAGAUAGCAUUUCUCAAAAUCAAAUAUCAUUGGCCUUAUAUUUGGAUUGAAUCUUACCCAGAUUCAAUAACAAUUGUAAACAAAGGCACGCAAAGGAAUUUUGGGAGGAUCAAAACAACAUUUGUAUCGAUUGACUUGUCCAACAAUGGAUUCAAAGGGCAGAUACCAGAAUUCCUCGGAAAUCUCAAGGGGCUUCGAUCACUUAACUUAUCCAACAAUGAACUUGAAGGUCCCAUCCCAUCAUCUUUGGGUAACUUAGUGGAGCUAGAAUCAUUAGACCUGUCUCAAAACUUGCUUUCAGGGAAGAUUCCUCGACAACUUACUCAUAACACAUUUCUAGCUAUUUUCAAUGUUUCUUAUAACAAUCUUACAGGGCUUAUACCUCAAGGUGCACAAUUUGAUACUUUUGAGAACAGUUCUUAUGAGGGGCCAUCUUCACCUCCAUCUUCAUCGUUGCAACUAGAUAGAAACUCCAAAUCCCCUGGUACAAUCGAUUGGGUUGUCAUAAUUUUGGGAUAUGGAAGUGGAGUAAUUGUUGGAUUGGUUCUUGGGCAAGCUCUAACCAAAAGGAAUCACAAGUGGUUUGUGAAGACUUUUGGAAGGCAGCAACAAAGAAGAAAAAGGGUUGCACAUUUUCUAAACAAAGAUGACUGA